AUGGAGACGCUGUUCCUGAGCAUCGUGCUGCUGGGCCUGGUGGCUGCCCUGCAGGCCCAGGACCCCCUGUCCUUCCCCUCAGAGGAGCUAAACAUCACAGGGACCUGGUACACAAAAGCCGUGGUGGUCAACACGACCCGGGGACCAGGGUGGAAGAGGCCCAGGAAGGUGCUCCCCAUGACGGUGACAGCCCUGGAAGAUGGGACCUGGGAGGCCAAGACCACCCUCCUGAUUAAUGGUCGGUGCCUAGAAAAGAAAAUUACACUGCAGAAAACAGAGGAGCCGGGCAGAUACAGAGCCUUCCACCGCAAGGGGUUCGUAUUCGUAGAGGAGCUGCCUGAGCAGGAGCACUACAUCUUCUACUGCCAAGACCAGGGCCCGGGGGAAACGCCCCGCGUGGCCAAGCUCAUGGGGAGGACCCCCGAGGAAAACCUGGAGGCCCUGGAAGAAUUUAGGAAAUUCACACAGCGCAAGGGACUGUUGGCCAAGGACAUCUUCACACCUGAGCUGACAGAAACCUGUGUUCCCGAGCAGGAGUAG